CCCAGACAAUAUCGUUUAAUCAGCCGGAGCGAUUCGUUGUCACUUCCCAAUGGAACAUACCCUCACAGAUUGACCCUGCAGAUCCAGGAUUCUACAUGACUCACCGAAUUGUCCUACUCAUCAGCACACAAGCGUUUUUUGAUUUACUUUCAAAUGGCAAAAUUUCUUUGGGUCCAGGCCUUCCUUGCCUGGUCAAUACUGCACUUGGUUGGAUCGUUGGAGGAAAGGUUUCUGAUAAUCCGCAAUUGGCACGUUCUACGGAGCUGCAAGGCGUAUUAGAAAGGUUUUGGCUAAUCGAGGAGUUUGAUUCACACGAUCAAGGUUUUACCGUAAAAGAGCAGGAAUGCGAACGGCAUUUUGUGGCAAACACAAGGUUUCUCACAUCUGGACGGGUCUCAGUUUGCUUGCCAUUUAAGCCAAAUGAACGUAGGUUGAGCCGCAAUCCGUUGUUAAAGGAGAUGUACGUUCAAUUCAUGAGGGAAUACAUAGUUUUGAAUCACAUGCAAUUGGCAUCUGAUUUCGAAUCUCAAAAGAAAUCCGGCAUCAUGGAGUCCUAA